AUGUUUAAUUAUUCAUACUUAAGAAAAGCCCCGACAUCCAACGACACGAACGAAUCCGUCGCGCUCGAAACUGACUCGAGGGAUCUGGUUCAGGACGACGGUGCCAGCCAUGUGCCCGCCACUUCGGGUGCGGCCACGCUUCUUCCGCGGCCGGUUGCCUCCCUGGUGUCGUUCGUGACCCAGUCGACGUCGCUUUCCCUUCGGUUAGGAACGUUUUUUGGGGGCGCUGCGUUGAGGGGCGCUCGGAGCACAACGUUGACUGGGCUCGAGCUCAGUCGGGCUAUGAUUGAAGGGAUUUUGACAAAAGCCGGAAGAGAUGUGGCUGUUCGGAGUGGCGGGGAGCGUGGGAAGGCAGAGGCAGAGUCGCUGCUUGAGCGGAGUUUGGCUACUCUGCAUACAACGGUCACUUCAGCGUCGUUUUUUGCCGCGGCAACGUUCCACCUUUCGUCGACAACCUUAUCGUCCGUCGCGCAUAUGUCCCAGGCUCUCUUAUCCACCCUCGAUGCGAUACUUGGUUCAACGGAAUCUUCAAGGGCGAUAGCAGCUAUAAUUACGCUCAUUCGAAGGGAAUUCAGAGGCAAUGUGCCUGGACCCGAUGCCGAAAGAAUUGGAGUGGGGGAUCUUCUCGUUGGCUCCGUCGGAUUCGCCCUACUACAAAGCUGGGGGAGGAAGAAUACUGAACGAUAUAUACGUGAUAAUGGCGGGGAUGAGACUGUGUGGGACAUAGUCAUUUUGGACAACGGCAUGAGAGCAGAUGUCGUCCGCACGAAUCAAAUCGAAUUCCCCAGCCCGUCCAGUGGCGGCGCGGAAACAGAGCCCAGACAUUCUUCAUUUAUAUCUCCCGACGAUGACGACUGGUCGUUCGAUGCUGUACAGCGUCGCUCGAGCAUAGUUGAUACUCUUGACAGCCCUCAUCUGUCUAUUUCGCCAGAAGACCAGCACCAGGUUUCUGAGGAAGACAUUCGGCUAUACAUCAUGAAGCAGCUACCUCGAGGUUGCCACGCCUCCAUCAAGACUGAUCUAGUCACAGCACGAACUAUCACAGUGGAUGUCUUUGAUGACAACAAUGCAGAGAUCAGCCCGCCACCUGGGACAACGAUGAUUGAGGAAAGGUUUCGUGACGACCAGUAUAUCGAGGAUCUAGUUCCUGCUGGUCAGUCCCAGCGUCUUCCUAAACACACUGUUGUGUUUAGGACAGCUUUCAAUCAGUCGCAAAGUGCAGAUGUGAGACCUGAAACAGGUGAUGUGCAUGAUGAAUCGCUAAACAACGGGCAACCGUUGUUUGACACUUCUGCGAGUCAAUAUGGAGGUCAACUGGAUGCGCAUGGUAACUCUGCAGCAGCAGGGAAGGCUGCUAAAAUUCUCGCGCCAAAACAACACCAUAAGAAUCCGAACAACCCAUUUCAGAGUAGUCCGGAUGCAGCAUCCAAGGACAGUUUUGGAGGCUCGUUAACAAGGCUUGCUCAGAAAAUGAAGCCUGCCACUAUUGACAGUAGUGAUGACACCAAGCAACAGUUUCUGAAACCGCCGUCUGAGAAGACUGUACGCUCAUCUGAGGCCCAGCCUAAAAAGGCUCCCAAGUCAAGUUCCAGCCAAGGAAAGUCGUCACUCAAUAAAGAGGCUUUGUCUGCUGCAAACAGAAGCGCACCAAGGUCGCAUUUGCAAGAUUCGCCUGGAAAGAAAUCCGCCUCGUCUCCAGGGUCACGGCAGGUCAAUCGCGGCAGAAGUGCAAGAAACGAUCAAUAUUCAGUUCGCGAAAAGAACCAGGAGUCAUUCAUGGCACAGACAGAUGCCUAUUCCGCACGACCUGCGGGUAGGCGUCCAGGAUCGGCCGCGGGCAUGAGAAACCAUGCACGAAGCAGCAGUUCCUUGUCUUUGGCAAAAUCUGAAGCAGAUAUGACUGUGUCUGUCAACAAUGAUGGCCGCCCUAACUCAUCUUCUCUUCAUCAUCUGUCCAAGACAUUUACACCUAGCAUAUAUUCUUUGGUGACAGCAGGCUCGGAGACAUCGCUUAUACUUGCCCACCGUGCCAGAAAUAGUGCAUACGAUGAUACGGAGACAGUCCAAGCGCUCAGUCGUGAUGGCAUAGUCCCUGGUAUUUUUCCAGAAAGCCAUUUCGUGUCCAAUAUCCGCCGUUUUUGUCGGUUCUCUUUAGCAUCUUAUGGAUCCAGUGCCCUCAAGGUAAUGGGGGUCCGCAAAACCACCCAAGCGCUUCCACCUCCCUCAGGCUCCGACAGUCAGGAGCAUAGUGAUUUCUCAAACCACGCAGGGCUACCACCAUCAACAAUUCUUCUAUCGUCGUUUGUUGACCCUGAAGGUGGUUCUAAUGCAGCUGGUGAAACAGAUACUGGUUUUCCACUUGUGCACUUCCUUUGCGUGGACCAUGAAUCAAAAGCUGUUGUACUGACACUUCGAGGGACAUGGGGCUUCGAGGAUAUCCUAACCGAUAUGACUUGCGACUAUGAUGAUCUCUUGUGGCAGGGAAGGAGCUGGAAAGUUCAUAAGGGCAUGCACGCGUCUGCUAGACGUCUCCUGGAAGGAGGAGGUGGGCGAGUCAUGAUUACCAUCAGGGCUGCUCUGGAGCAGUUUCCGGACUAUGGGGUGGUUAUGUGCGGUCAUUCUUUGGGAGGUGGUGUCGCCGCCCUCCUCGCAACGAUGAUAUCCGAGCCGGUCAAUGAAACGGCUGAAACAGCAUUCGUGACUGCAUCUUACCAAUCUGUUAUGCGGCGUAUGCUUCCAUCCGGAAACGGCGCAUAUAAUGUACAGCCGUACUAUUUUCUCCCUCCUGGACGUCCUAUCCAUGUUUAUGCAUAUGGCCCCCCUGCUGUCAUGUCUCCUUUCUUACGCCGUGCAACUCGCGGGUUAAUCACCACCGUUGUCAACGGACAAGACGUCGUCCCGAGUCUUUCUCUCGGUAUUUUGCACGACAUGCACGCUGUCUCUCUAGCAUUCAAAAGCGACACAUCCGGCGCGAAAUCCAACGUGCGAUAUCGAGUCUGGGAGAGCUUGCGACAAAGCAUCGUGAACAAAUUUCAUGUCAACGAGGCCCCCAUGUUGGUCCACGCCGGUGACGGUGUUGGAGAAGACGCCUGGGCGUGGCAAACCCUUAAGGGUCUUCGCGAAGAAAUGUGCGCUCUCAAGCUCAUGCCUCCUGGGGAGGUGUUCGUCGUGGAGACAAUGCGGGUUCUCCAGCGGGACGCUUUUACCCCCAACCUGGGUGAUGACGGCCAACCUCGGCUUGGACGACCAGCAACACGGGUGCAAUUGAAGUUCAUACGAGAUGUUGAGACUCUGUUUGGAGAGCUGAGGUUUGGCUCUGGGAUGCUGAGUGAUCACAAUCCGGCGAGAUAUGAAGCUAGUCUUGCUGCUCUUACACGGGGGAUUUUGGAUGAAUAA